ACUUGCUUCGUUUAUGGAUUUUUUCGCGCCGGCGCGAAACGUGUUUGACUAUUAGCUUGCUUUAUAUUUCGUUCGUGUAAAUUGAAUUUCGUGAAACAUGGUUUCGGCUAUUUAAAAGGGUUGCAGUACCUUCUGUUUAGACAAACGUCUAUUAUUCUCUAAACAUAAUUAUGUAAUACACUAAACAGUAACUUAAACUGAUACAUUAAGUGAUAGAUAUGUGCGUGGUGUGAGGCUGUGCCGAAUAGUAAUAUAGUACAGAGUGCGUUCGAUAAAAAUGGGUUCUAUCGUUUUAAAAAGUUUGUCUAUCCUUUUGGGAUUGUUUUUCAUAUUCGUUGGAAUCACAAAACUAACUCCGAUAAUAUCGAAGGAGUUGCAUAAAGAUCUGAGGAAAGAAUAUGUGAGAUACGCAAAAGUGUUUCCAAUGUCAGAGCUUUUAGACUUCAAGUUGCCGUCGAAGUGGUAUAGGCGGGCUGUGGGCGGGCUAGAAAUACUAUUCGGGUUUGCGUUAGCAGUUAUACCCAAUCAUAAACUGAAGAAUGCAGCUAACGUAGGGCUGGUGCUGCUGAUGAUCUUGGCGGCGUAUUCGCACGUCAUGGUGGGCGACCCGUUCGACCGCUGCGCACCCGCCCUCGUGUUUUUCUUUAUGCUCAGUGGAAGAUUCGUUGUAUGGUAUCAAACCACCCGCCGGGAAGAAUUAGAGAAAGCUGCAGCCACGCAGAAUGGGAAUGGCCUCAAGAGGGAAUGAGUGAAUACGUUGCAGAUGUUGUCAGAUGACAGAGAGAAUGAUACACAAGUUUUGAUUUGUUUAAACAUUAUUGAACAAUGACCUGCCUCUAUAAAUUAACCAGAGAUCGCAACAUUGUAUUUCUUACGAGCACUGAUCUACAUAAAAAACGCUGUGAUUGUGCUAGUCAAAUCGAAUAUUCAGGCAGACAAGUAUUUAUAAUUUAAUUAUAUAUGUCUGGAUCAGUACACUUGUGCUGGCAAAAAUCGUAUUAACGAUGCAAAGCUAGACCACCUGGCUGUUUAAAUUUAGCCCGCGAUCGCGACUUACGGCCAUUCCCAAUAUUUAAUUUAUAGGUCACGAAUCACGAUGGAUAGCUGCAUUAUCUUCAAAUAUCACAUAUUUUCUAUCAGUGAGUAGAGUUUGCGCCUAUUUUUGAGUUACCAUACCUGAUGUUGUACAUUAGCGAUAAAUAAUUACCUUAUCUAUAUUAGCCCUCAUUUACGUUGUAUUUACAUGCAAGCUGAGUGCAGCAUUGGAACACCAAGACUACCAAAUUUAGUGUGUCUAAUACGUGAACUAUUUAAAGCCCUGUUGAUGGACAGCAACGAAUUUUGAUCGCUGAUAAUGCAGACAAAAUGUAAAAUUGAUCGCAAAAUGAAAUUUUCUAUAUUUAAUAAAGCAAACCAGAAAUAAAUAGAAUAUUGGGAACGGCCUUUAGUUAAUGAAAUGGUCAGUGUGCCUCAGUUAGGGUAUUAGCAUACGUAACAUGGUUUUCUCGUGCUCGAUGGGACGGAUCGACGGGUACAUCUUAACACCGUUAUACAACUUAUACAUUAUACCAAGUAAAUUAAAUACAACGUAAGAGAUUACUGCUGUAAAAAAAUAAAAACACGGACAUGCUUCCACUAGAAAAUAUAUCACUAAGACCAAAAUGUAAAAGCAAACUUAGGUAGAAAAGCGCAUGGCCAAAAAACGCUUAUUCUUGUGCAUCUGUCACGUUCCCGCUCCGUCGCGUUCGGGGUUCAUCCGGUUACAUAGGCAACUACCCUUAUUGUAUACUUAAUUUGUACCUUAAAGUGAUAUUAAUUUAAGCGAUACAUGCUAAGUUAAUUUUGUAUGUCGCGUGAGUGUUUGUGUAGGGUCGAGAGUACUGCCACUUUUAAGCUUAGGGAAUAUUUAUUGCACGAUAUAGAUUAACAAGCACUUAAACGAUGGAUAUUGUUUGCUCAAUCAUAGACAUAAACGUCAUUGCUUCUUAUUAGAAUUAAACCUUUGGAUAGAGCUUUGUGUCCAUUGGCCAUUAUUUGUAGUAAACCAAAAUAAAUUUAAGCUUGUAAUUAAUACUUCGGCUAUUUAAUACAUAGGUACAAUUGGUUUAAUGUUAUUAUUUAAAUGACAUCUAUAUAGUAAUUUCUAUUUAAUUAUUGGAGUAGGUAUGUGCUGUGUGAUGUGACGUAUUCCAGUGAAGGUGAAGUAAUAAAUUUUAAAAAUAA